CGAGUGCCAUCUGCAAUGUGGGGGAACCAAUCUUCAACUUGCCUGCAUUUGGUCUUAGUAUUUUAUUAAUCUUUUAUUGAUCCAGUUACGGCUCUUUGACACAAUUUUUAUCAGUGAUGGACUAAGUGUGAUCCGGCCUGACCUAUCUCCCGCCAGUGUGAGAAGAGGCAUGUGUCAGGUUGCGCUCGGGCUCCCCCUGCCGCCCGUUGUGAUCCAGCCCGCUAGGCGCUCCCUGCCGCCCAUUGUGACGCCCGCCAGUCGCAGGCUGGGUCCCCUAGGCGGGCGGCGUUUAGGUACGGUCUCCACAGCCAUGGCCGCGACGCAGGAGCUGCUGCUGCAGUUGCAGAAGGAUAACCGAGAUGGUCGCCAGCGGAAGCAGGAGCUAGAGAAGCUGAUGCGCGGGCUCGAGGCAGAGAGCGAGAGCCUCAACCGGCGCCUGCAGGACCUGAGCAAGCGGGAGCGAAGCCUGCUGCGGAGGCGAAGCCAGGCAGCACAGCCUCUGCAAGGGGAGGCGCGCGAGGAGGCGCGGGAGCGCGCGGAGCGGGUGCGCAGAAGGCUGGAGGAGGCGGAGCGCCACAAGGAGGACUUGUAUAACAGGCAGCUGCAGGAGCAGUGGGAGGAGCUGUCGAGUCAGCUCUUCUACUACGGAGGGGAACAGCAGAGCCAGAAGAGCGCGGAGCAGCAACUCGCAGCCCAGUUGGUGACGCUGCAGAAUGAACUGGAGCUGGCGGAGACCAAGUGCGCCUUGCAGGAGGAGAAACUGCAGCAGGGCGCGCUGCAGACAGCUGAGGCCUGGGCCAUAUUCCAGGAGCAGACCGUAGUCCUGCAGGUGCGGCCCCACUCGGACGCCAAGGUGCCUCCCGCCUCUCCUCCCCCAGACCUGGGGCGGCAGGUCUCCCAAGCCGCCGCCAGGACGCCUCCCCGAGGCCUCAGUCCGCACUCUCACCCGCUCCAGGAGGUGCAGGUGAAGGUGAUGGAGGCUGCGGAGGAGCUGGACGCCUGGCAGAGUGGCCGGGAACCGUGUGACGGACAGCUUCGCGGAGUGCAGUACAGCACCGAGUCGCUCAUGGAGGAGAUGGCCAGGGCGGACCGAGAGAUGCGGCUGUUCGGCGGCCGGUGCGCGCUGGCCUUCAGGCGGUGCGUGCUGGGCGCGCUGCAGGUGCUGCUGACGCUGCCGCUCCUCUUUCUCGGGCUGUCGCUGCUCUGGACGGUGCUGUUGGACCCCGGCACCAUCUCCGCGUGGCUCCGGAGCCUCACCUCGGAGACGACGCUGCGCCGCCUGCGCUACACACUGUCCCCGCUGCUGGAGCUGCGCGCUAACGGGCUGCUGCCCACCUAAGUACAGCGUCCCGCGCCUGGCUCCAGGUGGACUCCAGGGCACCUGGCUUUAUUUCUGGUGCACUCCUCUCCUGAGAGUGUAGACCAAGGUCGCCUAAUAAACUCCUCAAGGGAUGAAGCUCGUGGGUUCGUCAUCUGUCUCCCAUGUCCUGUAGGAGCUUGGAUUUUUAGCCUCCAAAGAUUCCUUCCUUUCUUACAGCUCAUGGAUUUAGAUCCACUCCUCAGUAUUAUAAACACCAUUUUUAGUUUUUCAGGAUAUAUAAUUUGCCAUAUUGCCAGAAACUUGUACAUAGCAUUUGACACUUUUUUGCCAAUUUGACAAGCUGCAUUUAAGUA